AUGCAGGAGCCUGUAGCGCUGCUACGUAGCGGAGCAACGAUCAUGUUUGGAGGCAAUCGGGAGGCCUCAUGCGGGGAUCUGAUCUACCUAUACACGCUGGCGGCACCACGCCUCACGAAGAAACUCAUGACUGUUGCAUCAGAAAAGGCAGAGAGCGUACCAGGCACGGACGCUGAGGAUGCUGCCGUUUUUGUGCUGGAGGAGGACAUGUUGCCCUGUGCUGGAGGAGGACAUGUUGCCCUGUGCUGGAGGAGGACAUGUUGCCCUGUGCUGGAGGAGGACAUGUUGCCCUGUGCUGGAGGAGGACAUGUUGCCCUGUGCUGGAGGAGGACAUGUUGCCCUGUGCUGGAGGAGGACAUGUUGCCCUGUGCUGGAGGAGGACAUGUUGCCCUGUGCUGGAGGAGGACAUGUUGCCCUGUGCUGGAGGAGGACAUGUUGCCCUGUGCUGGAGGAGGACAUGUUGCCCUGUGCUGGAGGAGGACAUGUUGCCCUGUGCUGGAGGAGGACAUGUUGCCCUGUGCUGGAGGAGGACAUGUUGCCCUGUGCUGGAGGAGGACAUGUUGCCCUGUGCUGGAGGAGGACAUGUUGCCCUGUGCUGGAGGAGGACAUGUUGCCCUGUGCUGGAGGAGGACAUGUUGCCCUGUGCUGGAGGAGGACAUGUUGCCCUGUGCUGGAGGAGGACAUGUUGCCCUGUGCUGGAGGAGGACAUGUUGCCCUGUGCUGGAGGAGGACAUGUUGCCCUGUGCUGGAGGAGGACAUGUUGCCCUGUGCUGGAGGAGGACAUGUUGCCCUGUGCUGGAGGAGGACAUGUUGCCCUGUGCUGGAGGAGGACAUGUUGCCCUGUGCUGGAGGAGGACAUGUUGCCCUGUGCUGGAGGAGGACAUGUUGCCCUGUGCUGGAGGAGGACAUGUUGCCCUGUGCUGGAGGAGGACAUGUUGCCCUGUGCUGGAGGAGGACAUGUUGCCCUGUGCUGGAGGAGGACAUGUUGCCCUGUGCUGGAGGAGGACAUGUUGCCCUGUGCUGGAGGAGGACAUGUUGCCCUGUGCUGGAGGAGGACAUGUUGCCCUGUGCUGGAGGAGGACAUGUUGCCCUGUGCUGGAGGAGAGGACAUGUUGCCCUGUGCUGGAGGAGGACAUGUUGCCCUCUGCUGUGCUGCGCCAUGGCCAGCAAGAGGCUCCUCUACCACGUGCUCUCCUUCUCCGUGAGUCCCUCGCUCUCACCUACACCAACUUCAAGCAGCUCGACUACCUUUGCUCGCCGCUCAACCGCCCCUUCGCCUCCCUCACCUCCCUCACUCUCAAACUCCGCGGCUGUGUCGACAAAUCCUACCUGUAUGACGACCUGCCCGAGGACUGUGAGGACGAUGGGGACGAAAUGUUCUGGGUGCAUGCAUUUGACUGCCCGGCGCUGCAGCGGCUGAAGCUCGGCCGGGGCAAGUGGAAUCUCCAGGAGGAAGGCUGGGCUGAGGAGUACCAGUCGCUGCGCAGCUUGACUCUCAAACACGUGGACUGGAGCUAUGUGGAUGUUGAGUAUCUCGGCACGGUCACGCCACGGCUCACGGAAUUCACGCUCUAUCACAGCUGGAGUUUGGACCGCCCGUCGUCCGGCCCUGGUGGUGGGGGCGAAUUCCGUUUCGACUUGUCCAAGGCUCAAACCGUCCGGUUUUACUUCCCGCAGAGAACCCUCACGCUCUUCCUCACCCUCUCUCGCUCGCUCAAAACCUUCACUGCGAUGGCAAAGAAGCUUGUGCUCUCUUGCAAGAGCGGCACCCCUCUCGCUCUCCACCACCUCUCGCUGUACGGCCAGCAGCGGCUUGUCAUUUCCUCCCUCCACCUCGCUUCCGCACGAGUUGCCUACCUCAACGGCCCUCCCAAAGACCACCACUCACGCAAUGAACUGGACUCUCCUGAAUUGUCCCCUGAAUCUUCUCCGGAAUUCUCCUGGGCCGAAUGGCUGCGCACUAUAGCGCCAACAGUGGAGGUGCUUAUAGUGAGGCAUGGGGUGCAUGUAGAGGGGGUUGACGCGGAGUGGAGCAGCCUGCGCAGCCUUGGGAUUGUCGUGGAGAGUGAGGAGCGGUUUGAGGUGGAUUUGAAGGUUGAGAAGCGUCGGGAUGAUGAAGCAGCGGAAGCAGUUGCCAGAGACCCCUAUGGUGCAUGUGAGGAAGGCGAGAAGCGGGGUGCCGUGUGCUUGCUUUGCAGAUAA